UAUAAAAAGUUGGAGAGGCCUAGCAGACGACGCACCAAAUGGCAACGUUGCAUGCAGUCAGCGCCUUGUAUAUACGCACGCCAAACUGGACUAACAUGAUGUAAGGUUGUUGAGGUUGUUGUCUGUUGUUACAAAAGCAACAAAGUUGCUGAUUAUAAAUAUUCAUAACCUUACAUGACUUUCGUAACGCCAAAAACAUGUCUGAGAGUGGUGAGAAACGUAGUUUGACAACGGAAAAGGAAUGGAUUUUAAAAUCGUCCAGAUCUAAACCCGGAAAAUUCUACUACUUCAACGUAAAGACGGGCGAAAGUACAUGGACUCGGCCUGGGGGCUACGUUUUAGAGGAGCCUGCUGAUUCUAAAACUACAAUCACCAGGGUGCCAUCUAAGAGAAAAUCAGAUGUCAAUGAAAAUCAUGAACAGAAAAAAGUUAAGGCACAUGAGCCUGUUAAUGAUUGUGGGAUUGCAUCAACAUCUACUUCAUCUUCUGGAAUGGAAAAUCUAUCUGACAACAGAAAGACAGUUAAGAGAGCAGAGACUUCUCAUGCUGCCCAAACACGUAGAAGAAGGAGAAGUAGACCUUAUGAUAAGGCUAGACCACCAGUUGGUGUCCCCAUUGAACAUAACGAAAGGGCUGCUGUAAGCAGUACAAGCACAAGCACCUCGAGCUCUAGUCAGACCAGCACAGUGCGCAAUGCCAACAAGACUAGCUUAGUCACUGUUAACACACGCAAUCCUUUUACUGAGUGUCAUACUAAUAGUGAAGGUGCUGUUGCAAUAGCAAAUGUUGGUGAGCAUUUAACUUCUGAGACCGUAUCAAGCUCCCAUCAUGGAUCUGUUUCCAAGAAGUCUCAUGUGACCCGCUUUAAAGACACAUUUAAAGAAAAGGCACAGGAAAGACUGAAGAAGCUGCAAGCUUCAUUGAGAAAGAAACAGUCUAAAGCUGUUGUAAAACAGUUGUGCUCCUCUAAUGAUUCACAAAAGGUGGUUGAAAAACAUUUGAGCUCCUCAAAUGACUCCAAAAAGACUGUUGUUUCAGCCAAGAAAGACAGUAAAAGAAAACCCUCAGGUCAGGAACAUGGACCUGCUGACAGGCAAUUGGGUGACUUGGAGAUGAAUUUAAAAGCAGGAUCUCUUGAGUCACCUGUUGGACUCGAUUCCCAAGUCAUUGUACAUCCUCUUCUAGUUACUGUACAUCCAUUUGCGAUGGCCAGUAAUAAUAUAAACCAUGAUAUGGAAGCCAUGGAAGUUGAGUACAUGGAAUCAGAAGUUUUAGUCGAUAUUGAAGAAUUACGUCAAAAAGAUGUGAAUGUUGAUCUGAACAAUAAACCUAUUUUUAUGGAUGUUGACAUGGAACCUGUCAAUGGAAAAUCAGACCCAAAAUCUUUCACUUACAUAGUUUUAGACACGAACAUCCUCCUAUCUCAUCUUAAUUUUACAGCAGAACUUUUAGUUAGUAAUCUGUCAGGAAAGGGAUCCGCCCAUCUCUUCAUUCCCUGGCAAGUUCUACAUGAAUUGGAUCAUUUAAAAGAUAGAGGGAAGUCGAGUAUACAACCACUUGCCCGGCGAGCUAUCAACUUUUUGCAUGAAAAAUUCUCAUCUAAACACUCACGCAUUCGAGGUCAAAAGAUUAGUGAAGCUACAAAAAAUACUUCUAAUUGUGCUGAUGAUAAUAUCUUGCAGUCAUGCCUGCAGUUAAAGGAACAGUGUUUUGAUGUGAUCCUUGUCUCUAAUGACAUAAAUUUACGUAAUAAGGCCAUUGUGUCUGAUGUCACUGCUGUUUCCAAAGACCAGCUUGCGGGUCAAAUUUAUGAAGAUAAGAAGGACCCUUUAAUCACUGACAUGCCCUCAAACAAAAACCUUAUUCUAAACAAACUGGCUCAAGAUGCCCAGGGCGAAAGAAAUAAAAUCUAUGAAAAUCUUUUGAUUGAAUUAAAAGCAAUAAUUAAAGAAAUCUUGUCUGAGAUUGUUUCAAAGGCCAUGAAGGAGCAGUACAACCAUCUAUGGGAGAAAAGGACCGUGAUACCCCCACCCUGGGAACAUGAUCAAGUUUUGCAUUGCUUGAGCCACCAUUGGCUUGCAAUUUGUGAUGACUUCAUCCCUCCUCUUAUUCGAGAAGCUAUUCGGAAGUUGAGGGAGUUUUUAAAAUCCAUGUCUAAAAGCUAUUGUCUGAACAUUUCAGAUUUAGAAGAAGGUCUUGAGUUGACAAAAGCUGUGUUCAGAGGGGUCAGUAAAAAGUAUAGAGAUAAAAUUGACAUUGCCUUUUUGAGACUAAAGGAAUUGGAGUCAAAACUUUGUGGUGACUCAUCUUUGGCUAAAGAUGACAAUAGUUCUCUUAUUAAAUAUGGAAACUCUCCUUUAACUUCACUUGUUGCUGAAAAUGACGAAAGGAUUCAUUUAGUUCUAAUGUGUUUUGAAGAGGCUCAUAAUGCUGCUUUAAACAUUUGCAAAUCAGAGUACCUGACAGAUUCAAAUGAGGUGCGGAGAGCCCAAUGCAUGAUGGAAGCCGUAGGGAAGCUGGUGCAUCUGUUAAACGUUUUAUUGGCGAUACCUAUUUCUUCUCUGAAAGAGGAUAGUCCAGCUGUGAAUGAACUGGUCUCUUUAAUUAAAGGGGAUAGCAGUAUUACACCUUGGGAUCUUAUACUCUUUCUGAAAAGUAAUAGCCACAGGGUUCUAAUUGAGAAUGGAAUCGGCCAAUUCACAUCUUUCAAAAUCCAACUGGAACAUAUGUUACAAAGGGCUAUAUAAAAUUUAAUGCUGCCAGUUUUUGGAAUUCACUUACUUUGUACCAAUAGCAUAACUGUGAUUUUUCUAGUUACUCAGUAAUAAUUUUAAUUUUGAGUCUGGCAUUUAAUAUGUAGAAACUCAUUUAAGACUGCAUCUGGCAUGAGAGUUUCUUCUUUUGUUAACAGAAUUGAAGUUCUCUGUUUUGGAUCCAAAGAGUACUUAAGUACCUAAGUAUAGAUUUUUUAAGUCUUAACUUUUAUACUUGUACAAUAUUGCCAUUGAUUGUUUUAAUCAUUGUUCAUGGUUACAUACCUUGAAAAAAAAAGACUUACCGCUCAGUGAAGCUAGUUAGCAUUUAAAUGUGAUAUGAUAUGUGAUAUGCUUUUCAAGCGCACUGGAUCAUAUAAAUCAAAAAUCAUAGUAUGUAGCUGUAGGUGCAGGAUCAUCUCAGGUGUAAGGAAGAAUUUGUUGUGUGUUUGUUUAUUGCAUCUUCAGGAAGCAACCAUGUUUUUCUGUUAGUUCUUUUAAGGAUAGAGGUAUAGACUUGUACUAAAGUUUGUAUUAUAUUUUGGGUCUUUGAGUCUGUAAAGUUUUGAAGUUUAUGUUGGAAGUAAGUUGUUUCUAUUUUUGGAAAGAAAUGUUAUUUUUCACUUUAACUUUUGUUACAUUUAUAUUUGUAAUGCUUCAAGCGCGGCUCUCUUGAAAUAAUUAAAAGAAUUGUUCAUGAAAUGGC